CUCCGGCCCCGAAGCCCAGGCUGCCUGCUGGACAUCUCUCCUUGGGUGUCCUCUUCCUGAUAAUCUAAUGUCCGAAGAAAGUGACUCUCUGAGAACAAGCCCAUCUGUGGCAUCUCUGUCUGAAAAUGAGCUACAGCUCCCCAAAAGGCCUGGCUAUGUGUGCUCCCUGACAGAGGAGCUCAUCACCAAAGCCCGGGAGGAACUGCAGGAGAAACCAGAAUGGCGGCUCCGGGAUGUUCAGGCCCUCCGAGACAUGGUCUGUAAAGACUAUCCCAACCUAAGUACAUCUUUGGACGAUGCUUUUCUCCUACGCUUCCUCAGAGCCCGGAAGUUUGACUAUGACCGAGCCUUGCAGCUUCUGGUCAACUAUCACAGCUGUCGGAGGAGUUGGCCUGAAGUGUUUGACAACCUGAAGCCCUCUGCCCUGACCGAGGUUCUGAGUUCAGGUUUUCUCACUGUGCUGCCUCACACGGACCCUAGAGGCUGCCAGGUAGUUUGCCUUCGUCCAGACAGAUGGAUUCCAAGUAACUACCCAAUUACUGAGAACAUUCGUGCCAUAUACUUAACGUUAGAAAAGUUGAUUCAGUCUGAGGAGACCCAAGUGAACGGAAUUGUUAUCCUUGCGGACUACAAAGGAGUUGGCUUAACCAAGGCUUCCCAUUUUGGUCCUUUUAUAGCCAAAAAAGUGAUUGGAAUUCUUCAGGAUGGGUUUCCCAUUAGAAUAAAAGCUGUCAAUAUUGUCAAUGAACCCCGAAUAUUCAAAGGCAUUUUUGCUAUCAUAAAACCAUUUCUGAAGGAGAAAAUAGCACACAGAUUUUUCCUUCACGGAUCUGACUUGAAUUCUCUACACCUGAACCUUCCAAAGAGUAUCCUUCCUAAGGAGUAUGGAGGCACUGCUGGGGAGCUGGAUGCCAACGCCUGGAAGGAGGUGCUGCUGGCCUCCGAGGAGGACUUUGUGAAGGAAUUCUGCAGGCCUCUCCCUCCCAGCAGUAGCGUCCUCCAGGAGACCUUGAUGGUGGAGGGAAUAACGUCUGAGGUUCAGGGCGAUGACUCCAUUCGGGGAGUAAAGUCACAGCUAUACUCCUGCUAUUAACCAAGAAGUCACCUAGUUUUCUACAUACGUUGCAGCCAUUAAGUAAUUUCUUUCUCCCUCCUAAAGCAGAAAAGGAGAAUUUGAAGUCCUAGGAUUUGGGCCCUAUCCAUUAACAGAAUUUAAACCUAAUGAAGUUAUGAGCAGCUUUAAAAUACAAAUAUAUUACAGAAGGUGACAUGUAGGUAAGUUGCUUGAGAAUUAGUCUGAGACAGACCUUUGUAGCCUACCUUUAGGUUCCUCGGGAACAUCGCCAGUGUGCGUUUCAUGAACCCCACUUUGAAAUCAUUUAUCUGGUAGCUGUACUUUUGGGAUAUAACCUAUAAUUUCUAUCCAUUUGGGUAUUUCCUUCCCCAGCACAGAUUUCAACUCUUCCAUGCUUUGGUUGAUGUUUUCAUGAGCUUCUGAGGCAAAAGCAAUCUCCCACUUAGUGACCAGCCCACUGGUGAUGAACCUCUCUGCUCGUAGCUAUUCUUGUCCUUGGAUAGCAAGCUUGGUCUGUUGCUAGGGCUUUCCUUGAAAUCCUUCCAUCUUGAUGGGACCAACCAAAGCUUGUGCUCCCUUGGCAUUGUCUUUGAGACAGGCCACUCUGAGGACUUGAGGGAAGGCAUUUCAUAACUGUGGCAAAAAGAAAUCCCUUGGGGGCAGGCCAAGAAUAAGAGAGGUCAGCUGUCCAGAGAAGCCAGCCUGUGACAGGUGAGCUCAUUCUGUUGCAGUGGAGGUUGCUAGUAAGAUUAUGAAGAUUAUCAGAGGUCCCCUUGAGUCUUGCUUCACAACCACCUAUCUCAAACUUUCCCUGCAUUCCUCCUUACUGGCAUCACUGUGAUCAGGAGCUGCUAAUUCAUCACCUGUUCCUUUUUUUAAACUGUAAUGCUUUUUGAUGCAGUUUAGAAGCAUCAGGGUACUGUCAGAGAGUUUCUUUUCAGACUUCAGGAGCCAAGGACAUUGUGGCCCCUUGGACAUUCCUGCUGCUGUGAUCCCGUUUUUCCAGUAGUCCUGAAGGUCUCGGCCUUCAUUCUUUACUGAAUGUCAUUCCCACGAAGGCAGCCGAUAUAGUGGCAUGGCUGUGGAAGGGCACAAUUUUAAUAGACUUGAAAUCACCAGAUUUCAGUGUGGUAUAGCAGAAAGAGCACCAGUCAGUGGUCCCCAGAGUCCCUGGUAUCUGUUCCCAUUUCUGCCACUAACUUGCCUCUGUGGACCCCAGAUUCUUUUUGGCUGUAAGAUUCUGGGACUCAGUUUAGUUACUGAAUAGUAUCAUACAUCAGUUUUCUACUUGCUGGUGGAAGCUGUGGCACAGUGGGUAGAGUUGGACUCAGAGUCAAGAACACCUGGGUUCUGACACAUACUGGGUGGAUCAUUUAACCUGUCCGUGCUCUAGGCAGCUCUAAGACUACGAGUUCCAGAGGAGGUGCUGAACUGUAGUUGUAGAGGAAGCUUGCCCACCUCAGAGUUCCUUGUGAAAUCCCAGAUCCAGUCCUUAUCCCCUUCCCCCUACUAAGAUGCAGAACUGGACCAGACUAGGGAGAUCUUGGCAUCUCUGUUUCUGGGCAGGCAUCACUACAGGGAGUUCCUACACUGCUUUGCAUCCCAGGACUUUAGACACUGAAAUCUUUACUAACGAUCACUUUUUCAGUGACCUUUAAUAAUGUGAAGCCAGCAGAAGUUUCUCCCAGUACUUAAAAAUUCAUAGGGUUUUGGGAACCAAAUGGAGACAGGUUGUUAAAAAAAGGCACACACAUUCUCAAGAUUUCUCCCAAGCUUUCUGUCAGUAGAUGUGAGUUAUACCUGCUCAUUAGGAUUCCUGAGCUGCUUUGCCACUCCACCUCUACCCCUUGUCUCCCUCAUCCCAGCUUGAGAGCCCAGUGUCAAGAUUUUUUUUUGCAGGGGGGAAGGCAGGGCAAUUGGGGUUAAGUGACUUGCCCAAGGUCACACAGCUAGUAAAUGUGUCAAAUGUCUGAGGCUGGAUUUGACCUCAGGUCUUCCUGACUCCAGGGCUGGUGCUCUACUCACUGCACCACCUAGCUACCCCCAGUGUCAAGAUUUUGCCUUUGCCCUGCACCCCAGUAGGAUUGAGGUUUGAUGUUUUUAGACCUGGUUUAUGUCUCAUUGAUUGCAUAUACAAGAUGGUUUAAAUUUGUAGCCUCACCCUUGAUGUGCCUCUUCUCUGUAUUUAUUUUAAUGCACUGUAAAAUCAAGAGCAAGGCAUAUAUUUAGUUCCCUAGAAGCAGAGCAACCAAGACAUACAGAAGCCAUUUGUUCAUACCUUUACUGCCAGGUAGUUUAUCUGUAUAGCAAUUUCUGAAAAGCACUUUCCGAACAGGUUUUUUUCCUGGUGAAAUUGCGUUUACUUUACCUCCUUUGUGCCAAUUCUCAUUCAGGGAAAGCUUAUCUCCCCAUAGAUUAAUAUUGUGUCCUCUAGGAAAGAGCUGAGACAUACAUGUUUUGAGUGCCAAAAUGACAAUGGCCAGUGUGCCUCAAAUCACCAAAAAUGGCCUGGAAAAACAAGCUUUCAGCCUUGGGAGACCUCAGAAGUGAAGAUUUCACCUAUUUCAGAAGGGAAACCCCAUUCCUGAAAGCAGGAACAAGCUUUCUCAGGAACUAUUGGACUUAGAUUUGGAGCAGAGUAAAGAUUAAGACUUGCCUAGGCCAGCAGUUAAGAAGUAGGAUUAGCAGAGGAAAGUUGAAAAUCUGACAAGAAGAGUAGAAGAAUACUUGAUCAGAAGUUUCUUCUGGUCACUGAAAGGAAGAAGAGGUAAAUGGAAAAAAAUUACCAUGGUCCAAGGUUCCUAAGCAUUAGUGGCUUCAGUGAAUAACCUCUUGAAUUACCCAGCAUUAAGUGUUCACAACCUUAAACAUGAAUAAUGUAGCAAAUCUGGAGAAGCUACACAAGGCUAGACCAAGGCAUGUCCAGUUCCUCUCAGCUCUUCCAGGAGUCUCAGAAUCCAAAUCUUCUCAAUGGGUGCCCCCAUUAUGAUGGGACCAAGCCUGGAGUAUCCUUUCUUGAAAUACUGUGGCUACAGGAGGAUGUUCUGACAUCUUAAAAGAUUUGAGCAAUGAUUAUGAGUGGGGAACUCAACUGGAUGGGAGCACAGAUGGUCCCUACACCCUACACACUGUCUUACCGAGGCAUUUUAAGGAAUUCUUUCCUGGAAGUGAAUAGGAAAAGCAAAAGGCAUCUGUGGGUCAGGCUUUUUCUUUUGGUUUUGAUGUGAAGUGACCUGUACCAACAAGAGGGAUGUUAGUAGUGGAAACAGGUUGUGCCAUAAAUCGUGACUUUUAAAAGUGAGAGUUCCAGCUCUCACAGCUCAGCUGCAUAAGAUUAUUUCCUUUGGAUCUCUCUUUGAGGAAAAGUCCUAGUCAGUUUUAUAACUGUCUGAAGCCAUUUCAUCCCUGUAUUGUGCCUUUGCUUUGGCCUAUUGGAGGAAAAUAGCCCUAAAGGUAACUCUUCCCCUUACUGCCACCAUCCACAAUUUGGCUUGCAGUUGCUUCAUUUGUAAAAAGAUUAGAUUAUCUCUAAGGCUUCUUUCAGUUCUAAAGUCUAUGACUUUAUGAUCAACUGUUGUAUUUAGAGAACGUGCCCCUUUUACUAAUUGAUCCAUUCAAACUGGUUUGAUUUGCCUUUUGAUCUCUCCUAGUUCAGAAUUCUAGGACACUGCAUUCCCGUCCUGAAUUAAAUCUUGUGCCUUUGUUGGGGACAAACUAGGAGCUUAAGAAGCAAGUGAAAGUAAGAGCGAGCUUUGUUUUAGUAGAAAAAGCUCUGGGUUUGUAGUUGGACGACGUGGGUUUUUAAAUCCUGUGACCUAGAGCAAGAUUUUUCUCCUCUUUAGGCCAGAGUUUCUUCCUUUGUAAAAUGAGAUUUGACAAGAUGAUCGAUAAGAACCCUUCUAGCUGAAAAUUGUAUGAUUUUAUUUAUUUUUAAAAGACCUUUUGUUUUUUUGGAGGGGGAAGGCAGGGCAAUUGGGGUUAAGUGACUUGCCCAAAGUCACAGAGCUAGCGUGUCAAGCGUCCGAAGCCGGAUUUGAACUCAGAUCCUCCUGACUCCAGGGCUGGUGCUCUACUCACUGUGCCACCUAGCUGCCCCUCAAAAGACCUUCUUACUGCUGGUGAAUGUUGCAUCCUCAACACCUGAUGGCAAACCAGCUUGGGAGAGACAAAAACUUGUUCUUUAUUAACUCCAAGGAAACUCAAGAUGCCUAGUAGUUCACCCAACUCAUCAGAAUUCAGUUGUCCUGGGAGGUAGGCAUAUAAAACACCUCAGGCUAGUGUCAGGUCACUUGUCAAAGAAAAUAAAGAUGGGACAGAUAUACAAGUGUGUCUUCUGUAGUCCCAUGAUUUGGAAAUCUUUAGAACACCCCUGCAGAGGUUUUUUAAUUGCUCCGUCUGCUUUAUUCCCAGAUGAAUUGUGGGUAGCUCACCAUCUUUCCACCCCUGGGUGGCGACGCAGCUGGAGGGAAGCAUUCUCUAGUAUCUCCUCAUGUUUGUUUUGGCUUGUGGCAGUUUCCUUUGAAAUUUUCCUACCUGAGGAGUGAAUGACUUUUCAGCAGUUAAACUAUUGAUGGUGGUGUGGUUGCUCAUCCUUGGUCAGUGGGCCAUAUACUAAUAUGAAAUACAGGAACAGGGAUCAUCCUGAAUAGGAAAGGUGAAAUCCUGAGUCUAGUACAGUAGAAGGAACCCUGAUAUGGAGAACCAGAAACCUGAGUUCUAGUUCUGGCUCUAUGACUAAAUAGCUGUGUGACCUUAGGCAAGUCAUUCUCCUGUUUGGGGCUCAGUUUCUUUAGCUACAGAAUGAAGUUGGACUAGUUGGUCUCUAAGGUCUCUUCCAAUUUUGAUAGUCUUUGUGCUAACAUUCCUUUCUGUUCUAACAUCCCUUCCAGCUCUGAGGUUUUGUGAGUCCUUAUCCAUUCACCGUUGCUCAUUCUGGGGGAAGCCAGGAAUGAAGGGAUUUAUACUGACUUGGUAAACCAAAGGUUUUUCUCCAAACAUGUGAUCCAAAGGGAGUGUGUGGAACAGAGAUGUUAAUCAAGUCACCACCUGCUUUUAGAAAAAGGUCCAAAAUGGUUCUGAGUCACACAAACAUUUCUUCUUGAAGGAAGGACCUUGCACUGAUACGAGGGCAAUAACUCAGCCAACUGUUGCUUGUUUGUCAAAUAACCAAUUAGUUCAUGUUAUUUUCUUUUUCUUUCUUUUUUUUUUAACAUAACCAAGCAUAAUUAUUUCCUUGGGCACUAAGUCAGUGGCUGCUUGGGGUCACCUGCCUCUCUAGGCGCAUGGGGUGAGAAUGAGGCUGGGACUGGGGGAAGGAGUGAGGAGAGCAGACCUGUUCCUCUAUGCAGUUGGAGUACUUGAAUCUAUGCCAUGGCCUAGAGCCUGGCAGUGCAGCCUCUGCUUCUGAUGUGGCCAGAGGAGGUCUUGCUUAUACCCUUUGGCCAGUUUUGGUCACAAGUUCAGUCAUUUGUCACAUUCUUUCUUUGAAACUGAGACUCUGUGGGUGUUAAGUGUGCACCUGGAGGUGGAUUGAGUCUAAUUCUGUGUUUAUUUUGACAAGAUAUUUAUUUUUAUAAUGCAUUUUAUAACAUGGUGUGGUGAAAAUGUGUUGUUUUAUUAUGCAUGACUGGAACUUACACAAUAAAAAUCUAUCUUGG